AAGUCUCGCGAGUGGUGCGAUUCGAGGGCCUCUCCGGGAAGGUGUGCUUCAUGGCGGUAACGGGGACUGCGAAAUUGUUGAAUUGUUAAAGCUUCCCCAUCAGUGCUCUUCCCCUUGGGGGCUUCCCUGUCUCAGUCUGGUGGACCCAGCGAUUAGCGGGUUGCGUAGGGAGGUGAACCUCUGACGAUGGAGAAUGGACAGGGCACAGGCUCCAAGCUUGGCCUGCCGCCUCUCACCCCUGAGCAGCAGGAGGCACUUCAGAGGGCAAAGAAGUAUGCCAUGGAACAAAGCAUUAAGAGUGUGUUGGUGAAGCAGACCAUUGCCCAUCAGCAGCAGCAGCUCACCAACCUGCAGAUGGCAGCAGUGACAAUGGGCUUUGGAGAUCCUCUCUCACCUUUACAAUCGGUGGCAGCUCAGCGUCAGCGUGCACUGGCCAUCAUGUGUCGAGUGUAUGUCGGCUCCAUAUACUAUGAGCUUGGAGAGGACACCAUCAGACAAGCCUUUGCCCCCUUUGGCCCAAUCAAGAGUAUUGACAUGUCUUGGGAUUCAGUCACGAUGAAACACAAGGGAUUUGCCUUUGUGGAGUAUGAUGUGCCAGAGGCUGCUCAGCUGGCUCUGGAGCAGAUGAACUCAGUCAUGUUGGGGGGGCGAAACAUUAAGGUCGGGCGGCCAAGUAACAUCGGUCAGGCGCAACCCAUCAUUGACCAGCUGGCAGAGGAGGCACGCGCCUUUAACCGAAUAUACGUGGCGUCCGUCCACCCCGACCUGUCGGACGACGACAUCAAGAGUGUGUUUGAGGCCUUUGGACGGAUCAAGUCUUGCACGUUAGCCAGAGACCCCACCACAGGGCGACACAGAGGCUUUGGCUUCAUCGAGUAUGAAAAGCCUCAGUCAGCCCUGGAUGCAGUGUCUUCUAUGAACCUCUUUGACCUGGGGGGUCAGUAUCUACGGGUGGGCAAAGCAGUGACCCCCCCCAUGCCCUUACUGACCCCCACAACCCCAGGUGGUUUGCCGCCUGCUGCAGCUGUGGCUGCAGCGGCAGCCACCGCUAAGAUAACGGCCCAGGCAAGUAUGAAUCCCUUCCAAAGGGAUUUAAUGGCCUUCCAGGAGGCUGUAGCUGGCGCAUCAGUCUUGGGGGCGUUAGCUGCGCCCCAACUUCUUGGCCAGCAAAUGGGAAUACCUCAGGCCGUUAUGGCUGCUCAGGCACCAGGAGUCAUCACAGGUGUGACUCCGGUGCGCCCCCCCAUACCAGUACUUCCCCAGGUUGGUCUCGUAAACCCCGUGCUCGCAUCUCCGCCGGUCCUGUCCAACCAAGUCGGGGCCGCCAACCAACUAGAAAAGAAAGAGGAGAAGGAAGAGAUGCUUCAGGAUGGCACAGGACAGGAAAUGUUGAGUGACCAAGAGCACAUGAGCAUCUCAGGCAGCAGUGCCAGACAUAUGGUGAUGCAGAAGCUGCUCAGAAAGUCAGAGUCCACGGUGAUGGUGCUCCGGAACAUGGUCGGACCAGAGGACAUCGACGACGACCUGGAAGGCGAGGUGACGGAGGAGUGCGGGAAGUUUGGCUCCGUCAACAGAGUCAUCAUUUACCAGGAAAAGCAAGGCGAAGAGGAGGACGCAGAUAUUAUUGUCAAAAUCUUUGUAGAGUUUUCCAUGGCCUCCGAGAUGAACAAAGCCAUCCAGGCCCUCAACGACCGCUGGUUCGGCGGUCGCAAAGUUGUGGCAGAAGUGUACGACCAAGACCGUUUUAACAGCAGCGACCUCUCUGCGUAAAUGUCUGAAAUGGUUCACCAGCGCCGAUCCACACACCACCCGCCCCGACUCGGUUCAGCCAGCUGCUGUGAAAAGACGCGGUUCACUGAAACUUGUAAUUAU